UCAAUUAUGCGUAUCCACCAAAAAAAUGUUCAAUUAUGCUUUAUAGUUGGGCAAAAUGGACGCUACAAAAAAGCAGUUGACCAAACCAAGUACCACAACUAAGAAGGUAACGAACUAUGAGAAACAAAGAAUGAAGAAUAUUAAUAAAAACCGUGAGAGAAUGAAUGCUCUAGGAGUGAAGAAUAUAACAACUUGUUUGAAGGCUACGGUUCAACAUAAGAAAUUGAGGAAGGAAAAACAAAUACCAAUUGAGGAAAAUGAUGAUGAUUAUCGACCGUCAGAGGCUGAAGAUGGCAGUGACACUGAAACCUAUGAUUCGUUUGAGCAUGAGCUGUUAGAGAUACCAUCGAGAGCCCGUUCACAAUCUCAUCAUGAGGCAUUGACCCACGCAUUAGAAGAGGGGGAUACCUCUUCACGUCCUGAGGUGACUAGCAAUCCGCCACCACCUCUCAAUGUGGAGCCUCAACUUGAGGUGACUGCUGGUAAUACUAUUGCUGCUAAGCGUGCUCGUGGCCCGACUCGAGGCAAAGAGGUUCAAGGCCUUGUUGAUAAAGAUGGAAAGCUUAGCGUGCCUAUCCCUCCAGAAUUUCGUGCACCGGUAGGGGACUAUGCCUCAAAACUAGCCUCAAAGAUUGGUGUAGAAGUGCGAACUCGUUUACCAAAUCCAAGUGUUCAUAGGUGGAAGUAUGUUGAUGCCUCCGUUAAGGAGGCGAUGUUUCAACGCUUGAAUGAUCAAUUUGAUUUACAAGGAGACCCUGUUGAUAUAGAGAAGGCAAUGAACACAAAAUUUGGUCGGAGAUUGAGUAACCAUUAA